GUAUAUGCACAAUGUUAUUGCGAAAUGAAUCGUCUAUCAUCUGUCCGCAAAAGGGGCAGCUGCUAUGCUCAUUAUAAAGUAAGGCGGCAAAUUUGGUGUAAAGUGGAAUUAAAUUUAAAGCGCCGAGCUUCAUUUCUUUAUCAACCUGGACAAAAACUUCUAAUUUUCUAUCAAACCAAAUGUCUGUGCCAAUUGGAUACAUUUGCCAGGGCACUUUGGCCUUGUUUUCCAUACAAUACAUGGAAAGAACAUAUUUGUUCUGAUUGCGUAGAUCAAGCUGGCCAUUGCCCAAUGCGUUUCCUUAAUAAUUCAGGGAAUGGUUACAGUAAUAAUUUUCAAAAUCGAAGCAUCCAGCAAUACGAUAAAGAUGAUGGAGUCGAUGUUUGUCUUUGCCAUCGAGAACAAUUUGGUGCCCGCCUAUUUUGGAAUACAUCAUCAUCAAGCUCGAAAGGAGUUCACAAACCUAUAGAUAAUAAACAAGACAAGAUUUCUCUUGCUCAAAAACAAGAAUCACAGAAGAUAGUUUUGGGAUUCAAGAAUUUAACUGAUGAAAUAUCCAUAAAGAGUCAAGCCAGGCAGAAUCUAAUUUAUUCUAUGGGAGAAAAAUCUGAAAAGGAACGUAUUCAACUUUCGUAUAGAAUGGACGAACUCAUCUUAAAAUGUUCAUUCAAUCAUGAUUUCAAGCUUCAUAACACAGCACAAUAUGGAAACUGCUAUACAUUUAAUUGGAAUCGAGAUUCGCAAAUAACAGCUCAUCGUGCAGGGGCUAAUUUUGGUAGAACCAUUAGAUUACGCGUGCUUGUUUAUGCAAAUGUCUCAGAGUAUUUGCCGACGACCGAAGCCAUAGGUUUUAGAAUUACCGUGCAUGAUAAAUGGACUGUACCAUUUGUGGAUGCCUUUGGUAAUCAGAUGCCUGAAGGAUAUAUUUACACUGGCUACAACUAUUCAAUACUAAGAAUUUGUGGUUGUGCAGAUCCAACUUUACCAAUCCCUUCGGGAUCUCGGCAAUGCGGGAUGGAAGAACAAAAAGCCCGCGAGUGUAUACGAACUAUACAAGAUCAAAAAGUUGUGGUUGAAGAGCGAUUAGAUAAAUGCAAAUGCCCGUUACCUUGCCACGAAAUUGGUUAUGAACUCACAUAUUCUGCCGCUCGCUGGCCUUCCGGUACAGCGCGAAUAAUGGAAUGUGCUAGUUCUGACGAGCUUUGUUUGGAGCAGUAUCGAAUUAACGCUGCUCUUAUCCAAGUAUUUUACGAGGAGUUCAAUUAUCAAACGCUGACUGAAAGUGCUGCUUAUAGCAUGACCAGUUUAAUUGCCGAUCUGGGCGGGCUUUCUGGACUUUGGAUUGGCAUUUCUAUUGUUAGCAUCUUAGAAGUUGUACAGCUUAUAUGUUACAUGGUUCGCCGUAUGAUGCAUCAUAAGGAGAGCAGUAGUGAGGAUGAAGAUGAUGAAGACGAAUCUGAAGUAGAAGGUCCUCUUUUAACAGUAGACGAAGUGGAAGCUUUGCAAAGAGAAACCGAACUGGAAAAGGAACAACAAAAUCUGCUAGAUAGUAGAAUCCAAGAGUUGGACGAAAAGCCGGAGGAAGACGAUAAUUUUGAGAAUUCCUCAACCAGUGGGUCAGAAAAAGAAGAUGAUGUAUUAUUAAUGCAUAAGAGAUAG